CGGAGGUGCGCCGAGUCAAGCCGAGCCAAUGUUCCCCGUCGGCUCCCCCGAGAUGGAACCUCCGUCCGGCAGUUCUCGCCGGAGAAACGGAGGCUAACAGGACUCAUGGGCGUCCCGGCCGGCCAUGAGUUCCCCGCGGGUGGCGCUGAGAUUGUGAAGAACUGAUCUGAACGACAAGCGGUCGGUCCGCACUCCGUCCGGCAGGAGCCUUGCUUACUCGGAACGAUUCCGCCAGGAAUUCGACCGACCACGAGCUCCCCCGCCGCACCCCUCCCUGUCCCCGCCUCCUCCUCUUCUCCUCCUCCUCCUCCUCCUGCUCCUUCCUCUUCAUUCUUCUCCGGAGCUUCUGCUGCCCCUCUUUUGGACUCUUCUGCUGCCACUCCGCCGUCCGCUAGAUCUGCUUGGCACCAUGCUGCUCCGUCUAGGAUCCACUCUGUACGGCUUGGCUCCUACCUUCCUCCUGUUGUUGACCUUGCCCUUUGGAUCUUCAAUGUGCCCUAUGCUUUGCACCUGCUACUUUUCCCCACCCACAGUGAGCUGCCAGGCCAAUAACUUCUCCUCUGUGCCACGGAUACUACCGCCUAAUGCCCAGCGCCUCUUUCUACAAAACAACCUGAUUGGGACCCUCAGACCUGGAAUGUUUGGGCCCAGCCUCAUCACCCUCUGGCUCUACUCCAACAAUAUCUCCUCCAUCCAGCCUGGCACUUUCCGCCAUCUCCAGGUUCUCGAGGAGCUGGAUCUGGGGGACAACCGCAAUUUGCGCACACUUGAACCAGAUACUUUCCGUGGACUUGAACGGCUGCAGUCUUUGCACCUUUACCGCUGUCAGCUGAGCAGCCUCCCAAACACGAUCUUCCGCAAUCUUUACAGCCUCCAAUACCUCUAUCUUCAGGAAAACAAUCUGCUUUGCCUACAGGAUGACCUUUUUGUGGACUUAGCGAACCUGAGCCAUCUUUUCCUGCAUGGGAACAAAAUCUGGAAGCUCUCCGAGAAUGUCUUCCGUGGCCUGUCUGGAUUAGACCGCCUGUUGCUGCAUCGGAAUCACCUGCAUACCGUUCCUAUGUGGGCUUUUCAUGAUUUGGGAAAGCUGACCAUCCUGUAUUUGUUCAACAAUAGCCUGACCACUCUGUCUGGAGAAACGCUCUCGGAUUUGCCCUCCCUGGAGUUUCUGCGCCUCAACAACAAUCCCUGGGCCUGUGACUGCCGUGCCUACUCCCUUUGGUCCUGGUUCCAGCGCACGCAUGUCUCCAUCUCAGACGUCAUAUGCACCUCUCCUGCAGAACGCAAGGGGCACGACAUGCGAUAUCUGAAUGAAGCAAUCUUUCAAGGCUGCCCUCCAACCAGCCAUCACUCUAUUGAGUUUGACUGGAGCUGUAGGCCUGAAUGGGAAAAUGGACUGGCUCACCCCCAUCCUCGCCCCCACCCCCACCCUCACCCCCAUCCACACCCUCACCCUCACCCACACCCCAAUGGCUCAUCUAAUCAUCUCUAUGGCCUUGGAGGAUCCCCUCCCGCUGAUCCAUCCUCCUUCUAUAGGGAUGUCCCGGCCAAUGACAUCCAGAGCCCCAAGUAUGAUCCACCUACAGAAGAUGACUACUGGGGGAGUUAUGGUAAUGGAGAAGGAAGCCAACUGAAAAAGGGAUGCCUAGGAACUUCUUGUUCUUCUCUGGACUCUGGAGCAAUCAGGAUUGGCUGCUGGUUAUUUCUCCUUUCCUGUCUAUUCAUUCUGUUGGAACUAUCAUAGUUUUGACCAUGGAGGGUGGUUACCCUAUUGAUUGCUAAUAGAGUCUGGGAACUUUGAGACUGUGGGGAGGCUGGAUCCCUACCCAGCACUUAGCUGAGGCCAAAGUGAUUCGCCUUCACCCUCACCCAGGGGUAAAGGAAGACUGACUAGGUCUGUUACUGCUGCUGCUGCUUUCUGGCCAAUUGUGAGACUUGAAGCCACUUUCUAUGUGGCACCUGUUAUAUUUCAUGAACAUAUGGCAAGGGCAAUCCAUUUUUUUUAUUUCUCGAGUGUUGCAAAACUCUCUUGUUAGAGAUGUUCCUUAAAUCCUACUGCUUCUUGAGUGUGUAAGGAGCUGUCUGUAGUCUCCUCUACAGGGCAAGGAUCUCUUCUGUGCAUGAGAAGGAACUAUGGAUGAGGACCUCUUUUUUUCAGGGCCUCCAUUCUUUUAACAAAUAUCCUUUCACGCAUAUAAGUGCCUGCUCUGUUUCCUAGGAUAGGACCCCUCAACUAAAGGAUACCGCGUCCUCUUCCAGAACUAAAGGGAAAAAAAAUAAUAAUAAUCCAAAUUUGGAGCUGUGAUCACUUUUGACUUCUUAUUAUCUGGUGGGUUUUUUUAAUUAAUUGAAGGGACCCCAGGGGAGCAAUUCACACACUUAAUUGUAAUGUUGAUCAUCUUAAUUGAUAGGGGUGUGAUGAUGGAAGUUUGCUCCACUGGCUAUUGAAACCGGAAAUUGUUGGAUGACUCGAGUAGAUAGGGGACCAUUCAGCUUCUCAGUAAUAAUCCAUAUAAAAUAUUCUUAACAAUGGGUUUUCUGCACUGACAAGCAGUUAGUUCAAACCUGCCUUCCCCAAUUCAGUGACAUCCAGACAACUUGAACUAAAACUCCCAACACCUUCAGCCAUCAUGGUUAUAUCUACUUGGUUUGACUGGAAGUCUGAUCUAACCUAAGAGGGCACCAGGCUGUGGAAAGCUGGAUUUAAUGAUUUUUGCAGUCCCUUCACUUCUGUAAGUAAAUCUUUAGAGAAAGGUUGCAAUCAUAUGAUAAAUUCAUGUGAGUUGAUUUUUAUUCAUAAAAAAAUGGUCUUAAUUUUGAUGGGUGUGACUUUCCUCUGGUGCCUCCAUGUCUCCCCUUUCACCACAAUGGACAGUUAGAAAAAUAUUAAACUAUUUUGAUAUGGCUGGAACAACUUAGUCACUCAACCAAAUGAACAAUGUAAUAUACAAUGAUUCAGUGUAUUGUGAACUAAGCUGCUUAAAUAUUCCAUUUAAUACCCCAGAAAGUAGCUUGAAAGGGAAGCUUCUUUCCUAUCCACAUUUUCCCCACUACUCAUUCUUGUAUGGG